AUGAGAAAGGCCCUCUAUCACCAGUGGGAGGCAGCAAUGCACUCAGAGUGCCUAGAGUGCCGGACAGGAACAGAAGAAGAAGAAGCCAUGAAGAAACGUAAUGGAAAACAUGGCUGCGCCUAUGUGGACAUAUGUUUGCGCUGCUGUGUGCGGACAGGGUGGAGGACGAGGACUGACGGGCGACAGCGGCGGCUCAUGUCCUCAGCGGGGCCCCCUUGGAGGCUCUUGUUCUUUGGCUCUGAUCACUUCGCUGUGGAAUCUCUUAAACUCCUCACAUCCAGCAGGAGCUCCCGGGAUGGGGUAGUGGAGUCCCUUGAAGUUGUUACUCUGUCUGGGGAAGUCCCAGUCAAGAGGUUUGCUCAGCAGAACCACCUUCCAGUCCACAGCUGGCCGCCUGACAAUGUGGAUGGACAGUUUGAUGUUGGGGUGGUGGUGUCUUUUGGCUGUUUACUCCCUGAGAGACUGAUCAACAAGUUUCCACACGGGAUUUUAAAUGUUCACCCCAGCCUGCUGCCAAGGUGGCGAGGUCCAGCACCCGUCUUCCACACCAUCAUUCAUGGUGACACUGUGACGGGAGUCACCAUCAUGCAGAUCCGCCCUCACAGGUUUGACGUGGGCCCCAUUCUCAACCAGGAGUUCCAUCAGGUCCAUGAGAACUGCACUGCUGAAGAGCUUGGAGCUGCCCUAGCCACAAAGGGAGCACAUCUGCUGAUUGAUACAUUGAUGACACUGUCUGACAGAAGGGCACAUAAAAGGGAGCAAGGACAGACGGGUGCGACAUUUGGGCUGCACGCUCGCCAACGCUUUCUGUUGUGGCUCCUGGUGUUGUUCCUUGGUGGUAAUUACCACGAGUUCUCGUAUUGUGCCCCACAUCCCCGGCAUUCGCAGGUUCUGGUUUGUGAAGACUAUGAGCCCGUGGCCAUCGAUGUCCCAGGGGCUCCCAAUCCACUGCCGGUGCUGGCUGACCCUUGGCUGUCGUUGGAGAGGUCGUCGCCGUUAUCCGGGUUCUCCUCAACCACACUCUGGGCAUCCCCAUCCUGUUGUAAGGCCCGGAGCUGUUUUGGGUCAUCUGCUGAUGCCGCUGCCGCCGCCAUCUCUGUCGUCUUUGUCGUCUCGAGUCGUCUGUUCCUCAAAGCCUCCCUUAACGCUUCGGGGUCAACCAUUUGUGUUGAUCUGUGUUCCCUGUUCCAGGAUGGCUGGGUGGGAUUCAAGGCAGUGCUCCUGAAGAAAAGGCUGACAGCAGCUGACUUCUACAAUGGCUACCUGCAUCAGACAUCUGGAGGAGUGUUUGUCAGUAGAAAAGGAGGAAGUGAAGCACAUCAGAAGAGCCAGAAGUCAAUGUUGUGAUGCAACAGCUAUCAUUUUCUUCCUUGAUUUGAACACUGCAGACAUGACAUCCCCAAAUAGAAUUUAGUUAAUUUGUUACUCUUGUCUGUUUUAAGACAUCCAUAUGUAUAGUACAUUUACUAUAUUACAGCAUUAGUACUGUAUACUUGAAAUAAAUGUGCUGUUGACAGAUACCAACAA